GCGGUAGGUGAAACGUUCGCUAUAUAGGGCCUGCAUACUGGUCGGCUCUUCUUUCUGUCAUCCCUACCCCUCCAUUGUUUCCUCAUCUCCCAUACCGCUACUGCAUGACGCUACUCGCGCAUUUGCAGCUGCGACUACUCUUUCCAGCAAAUGAGCCGCGUGCCACCAACUACUAGAUCAGACACCAGUGGUGAAGCCAGCUCCUCCUCCACCACAUCAUCCUCGCCUUCCGUUCCCGCCCUUGUGCCCCCGACCGCGCAAGCACCGCCUGCGCCAGGAUCCUGGCUGUUCUCCCCACAAGCGUUAGAUGACGCGAGGCAAGGCUACGUAUCGCCCUAUCCUCCUGUGCCACCAACGCUUGCAGCAGGAGGACCGGCCGGCGGACCGCCAGCAGCGAGCAGCUCGGGACCAGGAGCAUUGUCCACCAUCCCCGAAACAGUUCCGGAUUCUCUUUCCAAAGACACCGAGCAAAGUCGAGCGCAAAUGCUGGCACUUGCCACCGCUCUCAACGAACGACGCAUAAACACCAUCGGCGAGCUGCGGAGAAUCGAGCGGGACUUUCCCAUCCAAAUCACUCCCGAUUUCACGCAAUCUUUGACCUUUGCUUGGCGCAACUACGUCAAUUCCAACAACCUGCUCACCGACCUCCGCCGUCUCACCCGCAACUACCCCUUCAGCUCCGAGUGUCUGACAGAAGCGAAGAAGCGAGUCGGUGAAGACCCUACCUCCACUCGCUCCUGGAACUACUGCUGGCUCGUCCUGGCCAAGAUCGAAUCCGACGAGCUGAUUCCCACAUUUGCCAAAAUGCUGGCCGCCGAUCCGAGGAUGUGGGGUGGUCGUGUGCCAGAGGAUGGUGUUGAGGCGGUGGAGAAGCUUACGGCGGCUUUUGUCGAGGAGUGGACGACGGCGCUGGAGUAUAUGCUUCGCUACUGGGACACGGAUCCCGUGAGACGGUGAAGUGGAGUGCGUUUCGUUUGCUGUUUGCAUUUGGGUGGCUUUGGCAUUUUCAUUCAUUGCAUGUGCAUUCAGCGAGGCAGGGUCAGAAUUG